UUUACACCUUUUAUAUACCGUCAAAUUAUACUUGUGGCAUCGUAAAUAAACAAUAAAUAGCUUAUACAAUGGAGAAAAGAAAAAAAAGUGGUAACCAACGAGGCAAGAAAAAUACGAAGAACAAGUCAAACUUGUCCGACAAAAUCACCCGUACGGUAUGUGAUUGCGAAGCAACGAAACACUCGCUCGUCAACAAUUGCUUAAAUUGCGGCAGGAUCGUUUGUUUAAGCGAAGGACCGGGUCCUUGUUUUUUUUGCGGUGCCGAAGUUUCAUACGAAAAAAAUGCUUUGUUGCCACCGAAAUUUACGAAAGAAUCGGACAACAAGCAAAAACAGUUUUCUAAAGAUAAGAAAACGCCAGAUUUACCCAGUGAAUCAUUAAAGUUGAGGGACAGGUUGCUCGAGUUUGAUAAAAAUUGUGCUAGUCGAACUAGUGUCAUUGAUGAUGAGAGUGAUUAUUAUCAGGCCAACAGUACAUGGCUGAGUAAAAGUGAGCGCGAGAAGUUUGAGAAACUUUCUUUGGAGGCACAUGAUAAAAAGCAUGAGUCGCGUUUGAUGAAAAAGUUUGCUGUUGAUUUCACUGGGCGAGUCGAGGUUGAGCAAGAUGAUCCUCUGGAUUUGUUUUGUAAUAUGAAUGCCAUUCAAGACGACAGACACUAUGAUAAUCCAAAUUCCAGGAAUGCCUUUGAUAUAAUUGAAAGACCUAUUUAUGUCGGUGAUGAUAAUUUACCCUCAACUGGACCUGACAUGCAUGAAGAUUCUAUUAGUAACAGGGUCCAGGACAAAGGAAUCUUGGAGAUCACUGAUAAGGGUGUUUGUUUGAGUAUGCAUCAGCCAUAUGCCUCUCUGCUGGUCAGAGGGAUAAAAAAAACUGAAUGCAGAACAUGGUAUAGUUCCCACAGAGGUAGAUUGUGGAUAGCAUCAACCGCUAAAGAACCAAGAGCCGAAGAGAUCAAAGCUAUUGAGGAUAUGUAUCGACAUAUAAGUAGUAAAGAAACUGAGUUUCCUCAAUCUUAUCCUACUGGUUGUCUCAUUGGAUGUGUGACUGUUACUGACGUUUUGUCUCAAGAAGAGUAUCAGAAACUUAAUCCAUACAGUCCAGUUGAGAGUCCUUAUAUAUUCAUGUGUGAAAACUUCUUUGAACUCCCAUUGAAGUACCCAUUGCAAGGGAAGCAUAAGAUUUAUAAAUUAGAACCUGUCAUUCAUCGUGCUGCUCUUAACUGUUUAGAAAAGACUUGUAAGCAGAUGUCGAAAAAAAAUUAAUUAAUUUUCAAUCAUAUAUUUAUAAUUUACAGUUAU